UAACCUAAAUGAUUUGACAAUGGCAAUGUUUAGAGCCCUAAACAGAAAUAUUCCGUACUUGCAACAGCAAUUCGGAGCAUUAUUGGGAAACACGAGCACAUCUGUGAAAUUUAUCUGUGGUGUUGUGCUAGUUAGUUACGGUUUUUCCUAUUCGGAAGAAUGCAUAAAAGUAAUAUCCGUUACUCCAGGCUAUUUAAUGCCUCCAUCGUUCUGGCUGUGGACAGCCUUUACAUUUUGCUUUUUGGAGAUCCAUUUUUGGGAAGUGCUAGUGGAUAUCAUAACAGUGGGACUGUGUGGUAAACUAAUAGAGCCAUUGUGGGGUCAAAUGGAGAUGUUAACGUUCUUUGCAAUCGUUAAUUUUGGUGUAGCAGUUCUGACCACAGCCUUCUAUUUUAUUUUGUAUUGUGCGACAUUCAACACUGAAUUCCUGUUUACAGUAAACAUUCAUGGACUGGCAGGAUACAUUGCUGGUGUGUCAGUUGCGGUCAAACAAAUUAUGCCUGAUCUGGUGAUAGUGAAAACACCUUUGGGCAAAUUAAGCAAUAGAAAUGUACCACUCAGUGUGUUUUUUCUGUCUGUUCUUUUUAAGCUUGUAGGUUUGGUAGAUGGUACCUAUCCGACAAUGUUUUUUAGUGGGUUAAUUGUUAGUUGGGUGUAUUUAAGGUUUUAUCAGAAACACAACAAUGGUUCAAGGGGUGAUAUGGCAGAUUAUUUUACGUUUGCCAGUUUCUUCCCAAAUGUUAUUCAACCACCAAUUGCUUUAAUAAGCAACAGUAUUUAUAAUGGAUUGGUGAGGAUUGGACUGUGUAAGAAAGUAGUUAAAAAGAUUGACAUGGCAAACCCCACUGGGGUCACUAUUGUGCCUGGAACAGACCAGCAUGACAUGGAAAGGAGAAGACAAAUUGCCUUGAAAGCUUUAAGCGAACGAUUAUCGAAAUCUCACAGUGAUAAACAGCCCUUGAUACCAAAGCCAAGUAAACAGGUGUUCAUGCCACCAAAUAUGAUGCAUUCACCUGCUACUUCACAUCAUAAUUUACCGCAAGAACACUCGGCGUCUUCAAAAACGUCUACUGUAUCGUCUGAUUCAAACAGCCAGACUAAUUCUUAAAAUUAGUGUUAUGUUUUACAAAUAACUUAUGUAUAGUACUAUAUGAUUGUUACUGAUUAUUUUGUAAUAUAAAUAAAAUGUUUAAUUUAUAA